AUCACUGAUUAUCUAUAUUGAACUAUUGGUAAAUUUGUCACACACCGAAAUAACAUUAUAAACACAUUAAAUUGGUUUAUUUUGAAUUUGUUUAUGUCACGAAGUUUGGACUAGUCGGAACCUUAUAUUUCGUUGCCUGAUCAAGACAUUAAAACCUGUUAAUGGAGCCAGGGUAGUACUUCAACAGUAGUGAACAAUGGGUUGUGGGCAGUCAACGACAGCUUACUCCGAAAGCCAAAGACUAAGGGACAAGAAUGCAGCCAAGGACGAAAUCCAACGGAAGCCGAAAUCCACGUACGCAAAUUUCAUGAGCAGCCACAAUGCACGGUUGCAGAUCGAGAAGGAAUCUAAAAUCAGAGGAGCUACGUUCCUUAGCAACGGGUUCCUAGUUGCUACUGACUACCAUAACAACUCGUUGAAACUGUUCGACUCGCAGUUUAAGUACACGAGUAACAUGGAAUUCUCUAGCGCGCCUUGGGACGUGUGUGAAGCAAAGGACAGUGCAAACACCAUACUGGCAACUGUCCCCUACACUAAACAGGUACAUCGGAUCUCUCUUGUCACUGUUGGCAACAAGACAAAUCUUGAAGACACGGGUUCGUUUCGGACGGAGGGCUUCUGCUGGGGUAUCACGUGCUUUGACGGCGGGAUAGCGGUCAGUGUCAAGGUUGCCACUCCGACCAACGUGUGGCCGAAACCGCCGGAAUACCAAGUCCACGUCCACGAAUACGACGGCACAUUCAGACGCGCCAUCGUGUACGAUCCGAACGGAAGCGCGUUUUUUGUUGAGCCGAAAUAUCUCAAUGUAACUUACGAUGACAUGUUUCUUCUAGUCUCGGAUUAUAAACUCAACACAGUUUUCUGCAUAAACAACGAAGAUGAGCUGAUAUUCGCGUACGCCGGAAUGCAAAAUCCCAACGGGAUUGCCAUGGACGAAAAUAAGGACCUGCACGUGACGAGUUUCUUCGGCGCGCAAAGGGUCCACAAGGUAGGAGCCAACGGGAAGUACAAGGAUGGGCUUCCCCAUGACGAGAGCCGUCCGGUGUUCCCACACUGCGUCUGCUACCGGAAGAAGGACCGGAUUAUCGUUCUUACCACGGAACAGUCUCUAGAAGUCUACAAACUAGUUUAUUGAAAACCUACCUGGUAUUUAUUUUAGCUGGAUUGCAUCGAAAGCCGAAGGCUUAUUGAAACAAUAUUGAGUCCGUUUUCUGGGUAGAGCCAGUACUUUGUGUAUUUCGGGGGAGAUCUAAUGAACAAUCUCACGAUUGGGAUCGAACCCAUGAUCUCCCAGUCGAUUUGCGGACACCAUUUCGACUAUGCCGCGGCAAACAUUUACAACUAGUCAAAGUAACAGUUUGCGUGAACGCGAAAGAAACCUUUUCAAUGUGAAAAGGGACAUUAUAUAUAAAAAUAAUAAAAAAGAGUCACUUGUAUAAUAGUCAUCUUGUUUAAAAUCAAACAAACACUAUAACUCGUCCAGAGUGUGAUUUAUUUGUGAGUAUGUGUUAUGAAUCAGUG